UUGUCGUCAGCUAGUCAAGCAACGUGAACAAACUCUCCAUUUUAUUUGUUUAUAUUGUUAAUAAAAAUAUGGAAUGUAUAGUCAAGGUUGGAGGUAGUGCUAUCACCAAAAAAUUGGAGCUAGAGACGAUCAACUCUGACAACCUCGUUAAAACAGCAGAGCUUUUGAGUAAGCUAAAGGGAAAGUUCAUUCUUGUACAUGGAGCAGGAUCCUUUGGUCAUUUUCAAGCCAGUGAAUAUGGUGUUAGUAAAGGAUACACUUCUCUCUCAUCAGAUGAACAGCUACGAGUUAAAGAAGGGUUCUGUAGAACAAGCUCUGUCACAAAGUUGAAUCAUAUGAUAGUGGAUGCUCUGGUAGAAAAAGGAGUGCAUGCAGUUGGAUUCUCUCCCUGUGGGAGAUGGAGGAUGAAAGGAAGAGGUCAAGUGAGGUCAAGCGACUGUGAGAAGGUCAAUGAACUAUUAGAGGCUGGUUUCCUACCUGUGUUACAUGGGGACUGUGUGUUAGAGGAAGAUCUGGGAUGUACUAUACUCAGUGGCGAUACAAUUAUCCAAGUAUUAUGUGAAUUCUUCAAGCCAAAGAGAGUGGUCUUCCUAUCAGAUGUAGAGGGCAUAUUCACCAAGCCUCCGACCAACCCUGAAGCCAAGUUCCUUCCCAGGAUCCAUGUUAGAAAAGAUGGCAGUGUAGCAACCAGCAUAGCAACCCGACAGCUAGACCAUGAUGUCACGGGGGGCAUCAAGGCAAAGAUAGCAUCGGCGUGCAGCAUCGUCUCGCAGAGUGGUGGCGCUAUACCAGUGUUUGUUUGUAAGCUUGGGGAACAUUCAGCAGAGCUUGCCUGCUUGCGAGGCGACAGGAGCGAUGCUUAUACAGGGACUAUCAUUGAAGCUGCAGAUAACGUUCCAGUUUUAUGAUAAACAAAGAAAAUAUCAUUAUGGCCUAUUCCCCUAGUCUGUUUGAGACUAUGCCCACAUAUGCAUGCUAAAGCAUAUGUAUGCCGGUCUCCAGUGGGUUGAAUAUACUGUACAUGCAGUCAGGGUGCUACAUAAGCACUUGCCCGAUUGCCCGGGGCAAGUAAAAGUUAGAGUCAGGCAAGUGUUUUGAAGUAAAGACCAAAACUACUUGCCCAAAUUGGGCAAGCAAAAUUCUCAGUAGAAUGACCAAUAUUAGGGUUGAUAGGAUAUAUUGACCCUAAUUUUGGUCAUGGCAGGCAAGAUAAAAUCUCUUUGGAAAAAGAAAUGCAAUAACAAAGUAGAUCAGUUCAUGUCAAAAGAGAGAAAAAGGUCAAUGGUUUAUAAAAUCGCAAAACUUUCUUUUGAAGAGGUAAAACUUUUUUUUCAUUGAUUUUUUUUCGGGCAAGUGAAAUAGAUUUUUGGGCAAGUAUAUUCCAACUAUUUAAAAAUUUACUCGCCCAACUGGGCAAGUGCUUCUAAAAAGUUAUGUAGCACCCUGCAUGCAGUAUUCUACAAUCACUGCUUUUUUUAGUUCUUUUGUAAUCACUGAGAUGAGCAUGACCAUCUAUUUGUUUAUGUUGGGCUUUGCAUGGCAACAGAUCAAAUGAUAGUCAAAAAUUGGUUUUAGUGGACAAUGUAAUAGAAGAUUUACCACUUGUUAAUUAACCUGCAAAUUGUUUCAUCUAGGCCCCGUCUUACAGAGAGUUACGACUGAUCCAAUCAAUUGUAACUCUAUGGAAAUCUAUCUGUGUCAUAAUUUUUUCUACAGGAAAUGUGCAAAAUGUCCUUUGUAAACAAGGGAGAACACACUGAACUGUCAAGAAAUCAAUGAAUUUAUGGAUAUACAUUCAUAUCUAGAAAAAAAUUUGAGCAAACAUGCAUUUUAUAUGUCGAUUUUGCUGGCUUUCCAUAGUUGUGAUUGAUCGGAUCAAUCGCAAGUCUUUGUAAGACGGACCCCUGGUAUAUGAAUGUGAUGCUGUGGUUCAUAUUAGGAAAGAUUAUCACAGAUUGGUAUACCAGGCAGGCAUACAUAACAUCCUGGAUAAUGGAUAAUCGAGUACAUAUCCAAUCGGAAAAAAAAAGAAAGAUCAUUUGAAAAAAUCUCUCUACAUCUAAUUGUGAAGUGGUCAUCUUGAUUCUCUCCACAUGAGUUUCUCAUACUACUCUUUCCUUUGUAAUUGCUUAGUUUGAAGCACACCACUUAUUCUCUUUGCACACAUUUAUCAAAAUCUAUCUAUUCAUACAGAUGAGAACACAACUACAACCAUUUAAGUUCACAAAUAUUGAUCCAUUUUAUUAAUCUUUAUACAAAUGUACAUGUAUAUAUAAUUUUUUUACAAAAACUGAAUGUAAUCUACUUUAUUUUCAAAUGAAAUUAUUGUUUUUCUAUUAGAGGUCAAUUGUAGCAAUCUUGAAAUAAACAAUAAGACUAAGUCCUGCUAACAUAAUAGGGAGUUUUGGCACCACGAUGCAGAAUGAAUCCAAGAACAAAGUAAAUGUAUUGAAAUUGCAAGUCAAAUCACAAUAAAAAACUGUUAGGUCUUUGUCAAAAAUUGCUGAAUCGUAACAGCAGUUUCAUCCUACUAUGGCGUUUGUCCAGAUUCCAGGAUGAAACUGCCGUUUUGAUUCUUGACAAAGACUUCAUUGUCAUGAAGGGCAUUUGACAAUAUGUUCUCUAUGUUUGAAAGCGUUCUGCAUCGACGUUGCGGUUACGAAAACUCCCUAAUGAUAUGGAUGUCUGAAGCACUUCAAAUCAUAACAGUGUUUCAAUUAAGGCUCAAUGUUAAACCGGUAUCUCUGUGUAAGAUAUCUCGACCCAAGUCUGUUCAUUGUUAAGUUGCUGCUUUCGGAUACCUGAUCAAUAUGGUUUUCGAGAAUGGCAUGCUGAUCUGGCUAUAGUUGCUUCAACAGAUAUCUAUCAUUUGUCUUCAUAUUCAGACUUAGUGUGAGGAUAAGGAAUGAAAUGAGAUGGAACUGGCAAAGUUCUAAUUUAAUGUGCACAUACAGCUAAACUUGCCUAAGUCGGGCUUCCAUAAGUUGCAGAGCUCCCAAAAAAUAUGUUUUGUACGUAUUUGUAUGUUUUUUUGUGUAAAAUCCAUAUGUAUGUUAAUUCCAGCAAAAAUACAUUCUUCCGAAUUUUCAGUAUGCUUUAAUUCAU